CCUCGAUUAUUCAGACCUCGCGAUGGGAGUUGAGAUACGGAAGGAGCGGAUCAUGGAUGAAUGGUAUAAGACGGAGUAUCCUCGCCUUUUCCCCGACCGCGUGAAGUUAGCCAAGACUUCAUCAACUCCACCGACCUUUGGACCCCUUCCCAUCGCGCCUCACACUCGCCUUCUCACUGCGCCUAGAAGCCUUUCUAGCGAGGAAGUAUCGCAGCUCCUGAGUAGCCCGGGAACUCUUGUGGGGAAGCGAUUUUUGUAUUCCCCACCUCUUCAGGAACAAGAGGGCCGUGGCGCGUGGGAAGUGGUUUCAUAUACCGUUCGCAAAGCUGGGGAGGGUAUCGAGCAUGAGUUCCAGGUAGUGUGUGAGGCGCUCGGUGGAGAUUCGCUUCCAAUGGAUGAGAAGGAGGUUCGAGAUCUCCUGCGGUUCCCGAUGUUUGACGUUUAAUCAAGAUGUUCCUCACUGCAUCUUGUCUUCGAGUUGCCGUAGCUUUGAUGUCACAUCUGACUUGACUGCAUUGUUGUACGUUAUCAAGAGAAUUCCGUUGCGUCUGAUUCCGACUUCGAUGCACCGACGAGCAUUACUUUGCAAGAGAUCGGGGAGGACAAAUGUUGGGAGGUGUUUACUGCGGAGGAUGGAGGAGUUUCCGAAGGCUUUAGCUUUGCUCUACGUAGCUGUCUCAGUUCGUCUACUACUUUUAGCCCGUAGACAAGUUGGCCAUUGCACGUCGCAACGGCCUCUCAUCCAUAG